UGCUUUGCGCUCUACAUUCAUUUUGCUCCCUUAUAAAUACCACGGGACUCCUCAACUCCUUACUUCAAAAAUCAAGCCCCGUUUUCCCGUUUAUUGAGUUUUAGUGAGCGUACUCUGUUUUUUUCAGUUUCCACCAUGAAAACAGACAUUGAAAGCCUCUGGGUAUUUGCCAUCGUGUCCAAAUGCAGAGCUUUCUCUCAAGAAAGCAUUACGUGCCUGGCUUUGAUCAUAGGCCUCGCUUGGCUAGCCAUGACCCUCACUUACUGGGCUCACGCAGGCGGUCCAGCCUGGGGAAAGCAUAAAUGGAGAAAAAGCACUCAUUUAUUCUUAACAAAAUUAAAAUCAAACACAAUUCCUCCUAUUCCUGGUCCCAGAGGUCUGCCUCUCAUCGGAAGCAUGAACCUGAUGGCCUCUCUGGCACACCGCCGGAUUGCCGCCAUGGCCGAAGCUUGCCAUGCCAUCAGGCUCAUGGCCUUUAGCCUCGGGGAAACCCGAGUUAUCGUGACGUGUCACCCCGAGGUGGCGAAAGAAAUUCUGAGCAGCUCCGCGUUCGCCAAUCGUCCGGUGAAGGAAUCAGCUUACAGACUGAUGUUCGACAGAGCAAUCGGGUUCGCUCCUUACGGGCUGUACUGGCGAACCCUGCGUAGAAUAGCCGCCACCCACCUCUUCUGUCCCAAACAGAUUAAGGCCUCCGAGGCUCAGAGGAUUCAAAUCGCUGCUCAAAUGGUUGCCACGUUUCGAGACCAAGCGGAGGAGGGAUUGGUGUGCGUUCGUCAAGUUCUGAAGCGAGCUUCCCUCAACAACAUCAUGUGCUCUGUUUUUGGACGAGAGUACAGCCUAGAUUCUGACAGCAAUGGGGAGGUCGAACAGCUAAGAAAGCUAGUCGAUGAAGGUUACGAGCUGUUGGGUACUUUGAACUGGUCCGACCACCUUCCUUGGCUCGCUGAUUUUGAUGCUCAAAGAAUCCGGUUCAGAUGCUCUCAGCUCGUUCCUCAAGUGAAUCGGUUCGUCACCCGAAUCAUCAAGGAACACCGUGCUCAAAACGGUGACAAAACCCGGGAUUUCGUUGAUGUUUUGCUAUCCCUCCAAGGACCCGAUAAGCUAUGCGACUCCGAUAUGAACGCCGUGCUCUGGGAAAUGAUAUUUAGAGGGACCGAUACAGUCGCAGUACUGAUCGAGUGGAUCUUAGCGAGAAUGGUGCUUCACCCUGAUGCUCAAACAAGGGUCCACGAGGAGCUAGACAAGGUUGUAGGGAGAUCACGAGCCGUGACAGACUCUGAUCUAUCUGAGAUGGUGUAUCUAACGGCUGUGGUGAAGGAAGUGCUGCGGCUACACCCACCUGGCCCGCUUCUCUCGUGGGCCCGCCUGGCCAUCACUGAUACAACCAUUGAUGGGUAUCACGUGCCCGCGGGGACCACUGCAAUGGUGAAUAUGUUUGCCAUAUCAAGGGACCCAGAUGUGUGGGAGGCCCCACUGGAAUUUAUGCCUCAGAGGUUUGUUACUCAAGGCCAAGAGAAAGACAUGGAGUUUUCCGUAUUCGGUUCGGAUCUCAGGCUCGCACCAUUCGGGUCGGGAAGACGGACUUGUCCCGGCAAAAAUCUCGGGCUCACUACCGUCACCUUUUGGGUCGCCUAUCUCUUACACGAGUUUGAAUGGCUACCGUCACAUGACAAUACCGUUGACUUAUCUGAGGUAUUAAGGCUGUCCUGCGAGAUGGCCCAUCCACUUACGGUCAGGUUGCAUCCUAGGCGAGUUAACCCCAUCUCAGUGAAUUUUCCCAAAUAAAAAAAAAAUAAUAAUAAUAAUAAUUUAGAUGGGGGGAAAAAAAAAAAAAAAUCCCAAAAAGAGUUUAAAAAAAAAAAAAACAAGAAGGGGCAUGGGAUGUUAGUUGGCAACCUCAAAAGUACUAAAUCCUUUUACAUAGUGGUGAUGCUUUUUUUUUUUUGGUUGUUGUUGUUGUUUGGGUGUCACGGUGUUGGAAUGUGAAAAGUAUUGUGAUAGUGAAGAAGUAUGGUGUUUCUUUUAAGUAAUGUACAUAUAAUGGUGAAAGCAAAUAUACUUGUUUUCAUAAUAUCUAUAUACAUAUUUCUUCAAAUAA